AUGGUGGUUGCUUCAUGCUAUAUCCAGCGGCUGCGUCUCUCCCUACUGUCUCUGACUCCGGCCAUCACGGUGGUUGUGAUGGUGGGCAUCAUGGAGGAGGAUGUGGUGGUGGCUGUGGCGGAGGAGGAUGUGGUGGUGGUGGCGGCGACCGCUGCUGCGUCUCUUCCUACUGUCUCCGAUUCUGAUCAUCACCGCCACCAUCAUGCUGGUUACCAUCACGGUGGCGGUGGUUUUGGUGGCCAUCACGGUGGCGGUGGUUUUGGUGGACAUCACGGUGGCGGUGGUUUCGGUGGACAUCACGGUGGUGCCGGUGGAGGAUGUGGCGGAGGAAGUUAG